AUGAGUGUGGGCUUCAUAGGAGCAGGCCAGCUGGCCCAUGCUCUGGUGAGAGGCUUCACAGAGGCUGGCGUGAUUGCCACCCACAGAAUCACAGCCAGUUCCCCAGACACAGAUCUCCCCACAGUACAGGAGCUGCGGAAACUGGGCGUCAAUUUCACCACCAGCACCAAAGAGACGGUGAGCAAAAGUGAUGUUCUCUUCCUGGCCGUGAAGCCCCACAUCAUCCCUUUUGUACUGGAUGAGAUUGGACCAGACAUCGAAGAUCGUCACCUUAUUGUGUCCUGUGCUGCAGGCGUCGCCAUCAGCUCUAUAGAGAAGAAGCUGCAGCAGUAUCGCCCUUAUCCAAAGGUGAUGCGGUGCAUGACAAACACUCACACAGUGGUGGUGCGUGAGGGGGCCACUGUGUACGCCACAGGCACCCAUGCACAAGUGGAGGAUGGAAGCCUCCUGGAGCAGCUGAUGGCCAGCGUGGGAUGCUGCACUGAGGUGGAUGAGGACCUGAUUGAUGCCGUCACCGGCCUCAGCGUCAGUGGUCCUGCUUACAUGAGUCAUUUAAAUAAUGCGUUUACAGCUCUAGAGGCUCUUGCUGAUGGUGGAGUGAAGAUGGGCCUGCCCAGGAGGCUGGCUGUACGCCUCGGAGCCCGAGCCCUGCUGGGAGCAGCUGUGCAUCGGACCUUGUCUGUGUUGCGCUGCCAUGCCCUGUCAUUGGUAGCCGUCUGUUGGCAGCAGCCUGUGCUGGAGGGGUUGGAGCGCUGGGCUCAAUCAUUCCAAAAAGUGUCAUAUGGUGAGCUCUCAGCCAUGCCGAGCAGUGCCGUGCCAAGCCGAUGCCUACUAUGUUACCCUACACAGCUGUGUGACAGAAAAAAACGCCUCUUCAGCCCCGGACAAUGUGCCACCGCCACCUCUCUGCAUUUUAAGAUCCCCACUGGUUGGUUGAUUGGUUGAAUAAUGCUGAGGGGUAAAAUUAUAGGCUUAUAUGAAAUUUGGAAGAAGCAGCCUUUUUUUUUUUUUUUUUUUUUCUCCGACUCUCAUCCCCGGUAGCUAUUAGCGGAGUACUUUCCCGUCUAUUUGUCCAUUAUCUGUGCAUCAUCAGGCAGACCAUUAUCCCAUUAUGUUUUGCAUCUGUGGUCCAGAAUGCUUACUGGAAAUGAGUCACCACAAAGGCCAGUGAAAGGUAGGUGUUACUAUCAGUCGGCUAUUCAUAGCCAAGCCCAACAGGGAUGAAAGUAUCGCAUUUAAAAAGUCCUCCGCGGAACGUGAAAGGCUUUUUCUUUUUUUAUUAUUAUUAUUAUUAUUAUUAUUGUGGGCAUCUUUACAGCAGAGGGAAAUAUUGCCGUUUUUUCAUGAGGAGCCGGAGGACUUUUUUUUUUUUUUUUUUGAUGUGAAAGCAUCAAGAAUGCGAGUCACAGUCCGACCUCAUGUUAUGUCCCACAGCCUGUGUGAUAGUGUCGUAUUCAGGUCAUUUUUAACAAGCGUCUGUCUCUGCCUGUUUGGCUCAGGUGACCGGUCCACCUGUAGCACCCUCCUUUUGUUGCCAUGGAAAUAGCCCGUCUUACUGCACUUCAGAGCUACGACUCAUCUUUUUCUUUUCCUCCCUCCCCUCACUGAGCUUCUCUGCACACAUCAUGCAUAUGCAUGAGCACUAUCUUAGUUGGCGUGUCGGCUAUAAACACAUGCAGUAGUUUCUUUUUUGGGGGGAAUUCUUUUGUUUCCCAUUUUGACGCCAAAAAAAGUUGUAAGAACCCACACGCGUUGGUUUAUCUGCUCAGUACAAACACACAGAUUGGUGCUGUGUG